AUGUCAUCUCAUGACUCAGAUAAAAUGAAAUUCAAAGUGAGUGAGUUCGAAGCGUCGGCGGCAUCGCAGCUCGUCACGGAGUUACGUGGAGCCUUCGCUUCGGCCAAAACGAGCAAUUACCAGUGGCGAGUGUCGCAGCUCAAAGCGCUAGCGAAACUCGUCGCUGAUCACGAGCCGCUAGAAUGUCCCUUACGAGGUGGGUUUGGUUUGAGCACUAAUGGCUUGCGUGGCACUUUUAAUAUUGAAUGUUUGGAAAACCUGGAAUGA